CAUUGCUCAUUAUAUAUAUGUAGCCACUAGUUGUUGAGUACUCCCAUAAGCCUUCCAAGUUUUGCAUAGGCCAAAAGUUAUAGUUGAAACAUUUGAAGAUGGAGUCAAUGAAGUUAAGGGCACUUGUUAUAACCUUAAUGGUUUUGGGAAUGUUUGUAGGGCAGUCAAGUGCUGCCUUCAGUGACUGUUAUACUAGAUGCUUUAUCUUCUGCAUGAUUGAUCCUUCUGAGACAGUAUGCAAAUGCACUACCAAAUGCUUGAAACAGUGCAUCUUCAAUUCAGAUUCUGGUUCUGGUUCUGUUUCUACCAAUAGUAUCCACAACAAGACAGACAGUAGCAACCUUAAGUUCUGCAAAUUGGGCUGUGCCUUCUCUACCUGCUCCACUGUCAGCAAAAAACAUCAACCGAAUGGUGAAAAGAUGGAAGAUUGUGUUGGAUCCUGCUCACGAAACUGCACCAAGAGCUACUAGUCACCUUAACAUUGAAGUGGCAUUACUGUGUGCUAUCUUUCAUUUUGUUGGGUUUCAUGAGCAUCCUUUUGAUUUUCUCUCGUUCCCCUUUCUUGUUUUUCUCCUCCCAUCUUUUUUCAAGUUAAGGAUGAAAAAUCAAUUUGCAGUAGAAUAUGGUUGUGUUCUUACCCUAGUAACAGCUUCCCAUAAGAAUAUGGGGUUUCUUAUGUUCACUUCAAUAACUAUUGAUAUAAAGUUAUAACUAUUGAUUUA